AUGUGCCGUCAAUAUUUUACACUCUACGAAUGGUGUCAAUGUGAAGAAGACGCCGGCAACAGCGUCUGUGCCGCCCACCGUCGGAACGGCUGCCCCGGUGUCAGCGUUGAAACCGUUCACAUGCACUGCUUCUGCAACUCGCAUGCCACGCAUGGCUUCAAGUCUGAGAAGGAGACCCGCAAAAAGGAGAACAAGAUGCGCCGCCGAUCAGAAGAUUCCUUUGCUCUGGCGUUUGUGGGAAUUGGAGAUCUCGGUUUGGAUCUAGGGGAAAAAUGGAAUUCUGCGGGUUUCACGAUAUUCCAUCACGUGGAUGAUCUAAAUGAUGUGCAUAAGAUUUGA